AUGUUUGCAUUUGCUGGAUAUAGUUCGGUCUCUGCAAACCAUAAAGUCAUCGGUAUAUCCUACAUAUGGCUUUCAUAUUGGUUUGGAGUUAUUGGAUUUUAUAUGAGUAUUUUGAUAAGAACAGAAUUGAGUAUGAGUGGUUUAAAGAUUAUGACAAUGGAUACUCUUGAGAUAUACAAUAUGAUGUUUUCUCUACAUGGUUUAAUUAUGAUAUUCUUUAAUGUUAUGACAGGUUUAUUUGGUGGUAUCGGAAAUUAUUUAUAUCCUAUUAUUUUAGGUGCAGCUGAUGUUGUUUUUCCAAGAGCAAAUUUAUACAGUUUGUUUUUACAGCCUGUUGCUUUUGGUCUUGUGAUAGCUUCUGUAUAUUUGGAAAUGGGAAGUGGUACAGGUUGGACAUUAUAUCCUCCUUUAUCAACUUCAAUAUCUUCACUUGGUGUUGAUUUUAUAAUAUUUGGAUUAUUAGCUUCUGGAAUUGCAAGUGCAAUGAGUGGUGCUAAUUUUGUUGUUACUUUUGGAGCUUUAAAGUCAAUUGGACAAACUAUAGACAGAUUAAGUGUUUUAGCCUGGUCAAUUGUAUUAACUGCUUUCUUGCUUUUAGUUUCUCUUCCUGUUGUAACUUCUGUUCUUUUAAUGGUAUUUUUAGAUCGUCAUUAUAAUACAAUGUUCUUCGAAUCUUCAAAUUCCGGUGAUCCAAUUUUAUAUCAACAUUUAUUCUGGUUCUUUGGACAUCCAGAAGUAUAUAUACUUAUAUUACCAGGAUUUGGAAUAAUAAGUCUUAUAGUUUGUACAUAUUGUGGAAAGGAAUUAUUUGGUAAUUUAACAAUGAUAUUAGCAAUGAUUUCUAUAGCUUUGUUAGGUUGUUUGGUUUGGGCUCAUCAUAUGUAUACAUCAGGUUUGGAAGCAGAUACUCGUGCUUUCUUUACAACUACUACAAUUUUAAUUGCAUUACCAACAGGUAAUAAGAUAUUUAAUUGGGUAUGUACUCUUCAAGAAGCAGUUGAAGUAAGAAAUUUAGGAACAGUUUUGAUGUCAAUUAUGUUUGUUAUAACUUUUGUAAUAGGAGGUGUUACAGGUGUCAUACUUGGAAACGCUGGAGUAGAUAUAUCUUUGCAUGAUACUUUAUAUGUUGUAGGUCAUUUUCACUUUGUUUUAUCAAUUGGAGCUAUAAUAAGUUUAUUGAGUUUCAUAUUCUAUUGUCAAAGACUUCUAGUUGGAACAAUAUUCUCUAAUCAAUUAAUACUUAUUAUAAUACCUGCUUUUAUGGCUGGAAUAUUCUUAACUUUUAUGCCAAUGCAUUUCUUAGGAUUUACUCCUCUUCCAAGGAGGAUACCUGAUUAUCCUGAUGAUAUGUGGGGAUGGAAUUUCUUGUGUACUAUUGGUUCAACAAUGAUAUUCUUCUUAAAGUUAAUUACUGUAAUAUUCAUAUCAUUAUAA